UACCAUGGAGCAGAAAGACAAAGAAUGUGAUGACUUGAAAAAAAUGUACAUAGAAUUGAAGGCUGCCAAAGAAAAUGCAAUAAAAACCAUAGAGUCGAACCUCAACACUAGAAUCUCAAAACUAAUGACAGAUCUGGAUUGCUCCACAUCAAAAAUGAAGGAAAUGGAGAUUCAUGCUCAGGAAAUUAAGAACAAAUAUCAGACAACACUAGAAGAGAAUCACCAGUUGUCGUCAAAUCUAGAGGAAGUCACAGAUUUAUUUAUGCAGUUGGUAUCAAAACUGAAACCUGAUCAGAUCUCAGGCGACAGCAAUAGCAAUGCUACAAAACUCAAAAGUAUUGCAGAAUUGAAAGAAAUCGCUUCGGAAAUCAUUUUCGGUGACAAAGACAGUAAUAAUGAUACGCUAAAGAAGGAAUACGAGUUGAAGAUUCGUGAAAAAGAGAAAGAAAUAGGAACUCUUAGAAGUUUGUUAGAUUCUAAGGAAAAAAAUCUAGCAGAUGCAUUGGCCUUGGUAAAGAAAACGGAAACUGAAUCUGUGUCAGCAACAGUUAUGAAUCAAUGUAACACAGAUAGCAACAAUUGUUCAGAUUUAGAAGUUAUUUCUGCUAAAUAUGAAGAGAAACUCAGGCUAUUGCAGAACGAGCAUGCCUUACAAACGAAAAGACUCGAACAAGAUUACAGCAAGAAAGUAUCCGCGAUUGAAAGGUCGCAUAGUGAAAUUAUAAACACGAUCAAGAAAGAAAUAGAAGCUAAAAUGAAGGAAGUCGAAGAAAGAGAGAAAUAUAUACUCAAUGAUUUCCAACAGAGACUCAUCGACCAGGAGAACAAUUUGAAAUCGAAAUAUUUGGCAGAUCUGAAUGCAGCCGAGGAAACAGCCAAAACACUCACUAUUCAGCAUUUCGCCUCGCAAGUGAAAAAAAUUGAAGAAUAUUAUCAGAAAGAGUAUGAAUCUUCUCGAACAAAAAUGGAACAGGCAGCUAUCAACUCGAUCAACACAUUGAAGAGAGUAAUUGCUGAGAAAGAGAAAGAAAUUUUCGAUCUGAAAUCUAUGAACCAGAAGAGUUCGAAUGAGAAGGUCAAUAUGUUGGAGAAAAAGUCAGAGGAAGACAGAAUGAAGCUGAUUAUCCUCACGAAACAGGUAACUGAGAUGCAAGAAGAAUUGUCGUCCAAACAGAAAAGUAUAAACCAACUGAGUGUAGAGUUGAACGAUGCUGUUCGAGAAAAGCGUGAACUCAACUACAGGAUUGACGUUUUGAAAAAUCGAAGCAAUGAGGUGAUCAAAAGUCAAUUCACCAAGGUAUUAAAUCGUCUCCAACUGCAGAUCGAUGAGAACCUAUUCAAAGGAGCCAACGAGUAUGAUAGAAAAAUUCAGGAAGUUGAAGAAAUGUAUUCGGCGCGGGAAAAUGAAAUGAAGAAAAGGGAUAAAAGUUGAACGAGUCGAAUAGAACCUUCAAUUCUACAGGGUGUUUACGAACUCUAGGG